AUGGAAGUGCCACAGAUAGCUCGUCCGAUCGAAGCCAUUUCAUUCGAAAGCCAUGCUGCGCGUCUUAUAUCCAAACUCCCAGCAAGAGAGGGGUGGUCAGAGCCACUGGUGCUCUACAAGAACUACUGGUUCCGCCCGUACUUCGUACAGAGCAGGCUGCGCAUCGAAAAUGGCUUCAAACCUCGCCCGGAAGAUGUCAUCCUUGCUACCAACCCCAAGUGCGGCACCACAUGGCUGAAAGCCCUCGCCUUUACAGUCAUCAACCGCUUCCGGUAUGACUUUGGCAGCCACCCUCUUCUUUUUCGUCAUCCUCAAGAGGUGGUACCAUCCAUAGAGGCCCCUACCCAUGAGAACCUUGCCUAUUUGGAGAACCUCCCAUCCCCAAGGCUUCUUGCCACUCAUAUGCCUCUUUCAUUGUUCCCGAAGUCCAUAGCCAAAUGUGGUUGUCGACUUGUGUAUAUCUGUCGAGACCCUAAGGAUGCCUUUGUGUCUCGGUGGCACUUUGAUAAUAAGAUGCAUAGGGGACACUGUGUUGACAUGGAAACAGCAUUCGACAUGUUCACUGAAGGUUUCUCGAGCAAUGGACCCUUUUGGAACCAUUGUCUCGAGUACUGGAGGGAGAGUAUUGCAAAACCUGAUAAUGUUCUUUUCCUCAAGUAUGAGGAUAUGACCUUAGAGCCAACAAAGUACGUCAUAAGGCUUGCAACGUUCCUGGGUGCUCCAUUUAGUAUUAAGGAAAUAGAGGACGGGAUACCCGAGGAGGUGGUGAGGUUGUGCAGCUUCGAGAAGCUUAGUAGCUUGUCUACAAACCAAACAGGAGAAUUUGCUCGGCUUGGCAACAUAGUUAUUGAGAAGUCAUCAUAUUUUAGGAAAGGAAAGGUGGGUGACUGGGUGAAUCACAUGAGAGAGGAGAUGGGGAGAAAGCUAAAUUGCAUUGUGGAAGAGAAGCUCAAAGGAUCAGGCCUUGUGCUAUAA